AGGUGAUGGGGUGCUCCGCCCUGGCGGAGAUCGGCGGCGGCUUAGGGGGCUCCGGAAGUCGCCGCCGCAGGAAUUCGGCGCUUCCCCGCCUUAUAAGGACAUUUGCACUUCGGGCCAAUCAGCGGCGGGGGGCGUGGCGCCCGACCCGCGUCCCCAACCCGGAGCUAGCCCGCUGUCCGUCCCGUCCAGUCCGUUCGUCCCGCAGGCCGCCGCCGCCAGCCAUGAGUUCCACACAGUUCAACAAGGGGCCCUCGUACGGACUCUCGGCCGAGGUCAAGAAUCGGCUUCUAUCCAAAUAUGACCCUCAGAAGGAGGUGGAGCUCCGCAGCUGGAUUGAGGACCUCACGGGUCUCUGUAUUGGUCCCGACUUUCAGAAGGGCCUCAAGGAUGGAAUUAUCUUAUGCACACUCAUGAAUAAGCUGCAACCUGGCUCAGUCCCCAAGAUCAACCGCUCCAUGCAGAAUUGGCACCAGCUAGAAAACCUCUCCAACUUCAUCAAGGCCAUGGUCAGCUACGGCAUGAACCCUGUGGACCUGUUUGAAGCCAACGACCUGUUUGAGAGUGGGAACAUGACCCAGGUGCAAGUGUCUCUUCUCGCCCUGGCGGGGAAGGCUAAGACGAAGGGGCUGCAGAGUGGCGUGGACAUCGGCGUCAAAUACUCGGAAAAGCAGGAGCGGAACUUCGACGAUGCCACCAUGAAGGCGGGCCAGUGUGUCAUUGGGCUCCAGAUGGGCACCAACAAGUGUGCCAGCCAGUCUGGCAUGACAGCCUAUGGCAUGAGGCGCCACCUCUAUGACCCCAAGAACCAUAUCCUGCCACCCAUGGACCACUCGACCAUCAGCCUGCAGAUGGGCACCAACAAGUGUGCCACCUCUAUGUCCUUGCAGAUGGGCUACACGCAGGGCGCCAACCAGAGUGGCCAGGUCUUUGGUCUGGGCCGGCAGAUCUACGACCCCAAGUACUGCCCACAGGGCCCAGCGGCCGACGGGGUCCCGGCAAAUGCCGGCGACUGCCUGGGUCCUGGGGAGGCCCCUGAGUUCCCCCCCUACGACCAGGAAGAACCAGACUAUUGA